AUGAGAAUCAAAAACGUUGUACUAUUAGGGUUGUCUUUGGCAUCGGUUAAAGCCUCGCCAAUUGAAAGAUUAUGGAAACGGUUUUUAGCGAAUGAACCAAGUGAAACACAAAUGGUAAACACAACCACUUUUGUAUAUCCUCAGACGCAGUCAGUUGAACUAUUUCCAAUGAAUAUGUGUAGAGGUAUUACGUUGGAAGAUGCUACGAUAGACCAAUUGCAGGGUUACUUCGAUAAAGGUGUUCUUUCGUCAGAGGAUGUUGUGCGCUGCUAUCUAGACCGCUACUUUCAACUUAAUUCGUAUGUCAAUGGUGUAUUGCAAGUCAAUCCCGAUGCUAUUUCAAUUGCACAGGAAAGAGAUCGCGAACGAGCAGCAGGAGUUGUUAGAAGUCCAUUGCACGGUAUUCCAUUUUUAGUUAAGGACAAUUAUGCAACGAAGGAUAAAAUGGAUACUACAUGCGGUUCAUGGAUGCUUUUGGGUUCAGUAGUGCCACGAGAUGCUCAUGUUGUAUCCAAAUUAAGAGAUGCUGGUGCUGUGUUGUUUGGUCACUCUACAUUAAGUGAAUGGGCAGAUAUGAGAUCAUCAGAUUACUCUGAGGGUUACUCCGCUAGAGGUGGCCAAGCACGCUGUCCUUUUAAUCUUACUACCAACCCGGGAGGUAGUUCUUCCGGUAGUGCUGGUUCUGUAGCUGCAAAUAUGAUAAUGUUUUCAUUAGGAACCGAAACUGACGGUAGUAUUAUUGAUCCAGCAAUGAGGAAUGGUAUUGUUGGUUUUAAACCAACAGUUGGUUUAACUUCAAGGUCUGGUGUAAUUCCAGAGUCGGAACAUCAGGAUUCAACUGGACCCAUGGCUAGGACUGUCCGUGAUGCAGUAUACGCUUUCCAAUAUAUGUGGGGGAUUGAUGAGAAAGACGUGUACACCCUGAACCAAACUGGUAAAGUUCCAGAUGAUGGUGAUUAUGUGAAAUAUCUGACUGACAAAAGUGCUCUGAAAGGUGCAAAAUUUGGUUUACCAUGGAAAAAGCUUUGGUCAUAUGCCAAAACUGAUGAAAUUCCUAGACUUUUAGAAGUUAUUAAAGUUAUUGAAGACGCAGGAGCUACAAUUUAUAAUAAUACCGACUUUGGAAAUUUAGAUGUUAUUUCAGAUAGUGGCUGGGAUUGGGACUUUGGAUCAGCAAAUGAGAGUGAAUUCACUGUGGUGAAAGUUGACUUCUAUAAUAACAUCAAGUCUUACUUGAGCGAAUUGGAAAACACAAAUAUUCGCUCCCUAGAAGACAUUAUUGCAUAUAACUAUAACUUCACUGGUAGCGAAGGCGGAUACAAUAAUACACAUCCUGCCUUUUCAUCUGGUCAAGAUUCUUUCUUAGACUCUCUGGCCUGGGGAGGUAUCAAGAAUGCGACCUACUGGGAAGCUGUCGAAUUUGUUCGAAGAACUUCCAGAGAUGAAGGUAUUGACCACGCACUUAACUAUACUGAUCCUAAUACCGGUGAAAAUUUCAAGCUGGAUGGUCUUUUGGUUCCAAGUGGUUUGUCAAUCACAUACCAGCAAGCCGCUAAAGCUGGUUAUCCAAUGAUUACAUUACCGAUAGGUGUUAAAAAGGCUAAUGGCAGACCUUUUGGUCUUGGCAUAAUGCAAUCUGCUUGGCAAGAACCUCAGUUGAUCAAAUACGGCUCCGCUAUCGAAGAUUUAUUAAACUAUAAAUGCAAGCCACAGUACUAUGAUUAUGUGGCAAAAAAUAUCCCCGUUAUAUAA